CUACCAAUCACGAUCCAGUAUUGCGCCGUGUGUCAGCGCGAGCGCGCGCAUUCUAUUUUUAAACGUGUUUUUUAAAUUAUUCGAAGUGUUAAACAAUUUUUUUUGUGUUUAUUUUUUUAUUAUUGCCAUCAGAGGCGUAGUUGUGUGAUUGUUCAGCUAUAUUAUAGUUAUUUAAAACUCGUUUGGAAUUCACGUAUAAAGGCCUUUGGAAGAAAUCAAAAUUCAAGAAGACUUAGACUCUACUUUUGUUACAAGAAGAUGAAGUAUAACAAUUUAUUUUACGCUUAAAAUAAAUAUGUUAUAAUUUAAAAACAAUAAGAUAUAACAAUUAAAACAAUUGCCAAUUAAAGACAAGAUAACUAACUAACAGACUAAAGUAUGGUGCGAAAGAAAUGCAUUCAAACACUAUUCAAAAGAUGGAUUUAAUACUCGAAUGAAUUUAAUACUAUUUACAAUUAUAAAAGUCAGUGAUGCAACGAAGAUUAUAGUCUAGGAGCUAGCAGAAUUAAAUGGUAAAAUGUCUACGAGCAACGAGCUAAGUGACGUGGAAACAGCGCCUAAGAUGCGGAUGAAACCGGCUGUGAGCAGAUUAUUCUGCUGCAGUGUUACCGCUGCAUCUGGAUUCAUAGCGGCAUAUGCGUUGGUGGCGUACGCGAUAGCUCUAAUCUAUGAGAUAGUGUGGGUGGUAGAAUCUCAGAGCGGGCUACCAAUACCCUCCGCACUGCUGAUGGUGUGCUACUGCAUCGUCAUAUCGGCCACCGUCAUACUCGUGCACGGACUUAUCUCGAAGAACAACAGAUACCUGUUGGCGUGGCUGAUUGCGGUAAUUUUGGUAUUAAUUCCAGAAUGUGCUCUAGUCUUCUAUAUGUCCAUUAGUCAUUGGGGUCUUCAAGGUGUAUACGGUGGCGCCGAGCUGGCUUGUUACGUGGCGAGAUUGCCCGCUAUUGUAUGUGGUGUCGUUUUGGUGCAGUCUGCAUAUGCGCUGAGGGAAGCCAGGAAAACGGGGUACAACAACGGCGCCGCGGUGAGUGGUAGCGAGUUCGACGCGAGCCACUUUGUCCCUGACGUGCAGACAGCAUUCACCAACGAUGGAUUCAUGCCUGAUUCAGGCAAAUCAGGCUCAAUGCCUGAUCUCCGGCGCCAUCUUGCGAGUCGUCAGUCAGUGAAUAUGGGAUACCCACCAAUGAUGGUUCAGCAACCACCUCCGGCUUACUGGCAACACCUCGCUGAGAGACAAUACGCAGCCAGCCUUAGAGGCUACCCUAAGUCAUACCCUGUGCCCCAAAUGUAUGGCACUUGGGUAGGCCCUAGAUCCGGCCCUUACGACAACCCUUACAAACGCCGCCAUUCAAUAGUCGGAGCUUUUAAUAAUGAUGAAUACCCGUCCAAAUAUGAGGUCUACGAAGACAGAAUGGAUUGCAAGAGUGAAAUGGCUUAUCCAUAUUAUAGACCAUAUCCUUAUGAGCAUAGAAUGUACCCUCCGGAAUACGACCCGAGGUUUUAUCCGGAUUAUAAGAGAGAAGAUGCGGCGUAUGGUGUUAACUUAUUAAGACAUGAACCGUACCGCUUCAGCGGAUCGAGGGAGAGAGUGUUUUAUGGACUCAGAAAUAGUCACACGUCCGUUGGCAAUGAAUCUGAUGAUCUAGGAAAAUAUAAAGAUGUUGCGUUGUAAUGGAGUAUUUUUUUAAAUUUGGAAUGUGAUUCCUUUUGCUGGUAAAAUAAGAUCAUGCGUGCAUAUGCCAUAAGAGUAGAAAGACAAUAUUCUUAAUCUAUGUCAGCAAUAUAAUAUGCUGAGGGAUUACAAUAAAAGUAGAAUUUUGAUACUGAAUUUGUGCAAAUGAAAAGCGUUAAAUCAAUGUAAAUUUGUUUAAUAGUUUAAAAACAUCAUGUAGAUGUAAGUAGAUAAAAAUAUAUGUGCAAAAAUCGACGAAAUAUAUCAAAAAUAAAUAAUGCAAAAUUCAAUAAAUAUUUGAAAAUGCAAGAUUAAGAAAUUUUAUAAUAGGACUAUCCUAUGUCUAAUAUAAAAAAUAAAUAAUAUAAUUUAUUACAUAAAAUAAAACCUUUGAUCCUUACAAUCAAUUUAAAAAUACUUGUGGCACUGUAUGUUUUAAAAUUAUUAUUGUAAUAAAAAAGUUUGUAUUUUUUUUCUAGAACUAAUUAUUCUAGACUCCUAUAAAGCCAUAGAAUUAUAUUUAACUGGCUUUAAUAAAUGUAAAAAUUAAAUUCUAUUUGUAGAUAGUUACCUAAUAACCAAAGGUGUAUCAUUAUAAAAUUAUAU